AUGCGAGUUAUUUUAGCAGUGAUGCUUCUCUUUACGAUAGUGCAGGUUGGAGCCACAUCGGUUCUACCGGGCCCAUUAAGACUUGCUGCCACAUUCUCACGCAUCUCCAACGAGCUUGACCACAUCAGUUUGGGGAACUGCUCUUUGGCCAACGCCAGCCUUCCGCUGAAUGAUACCAAAAAGGAACUCCCCAAACCAUCCACUGGCUUGAAACUCAAGUAUAUUGCUUUGGGUCGUGGAACCCAAAACUACUCGUGCCCAUCCUCGACAAACUCCCACUACUCCCACGAGACCAGCGAGCCUGUUGCAACCGGAGCGGCAGCGACACUCUUUGAUGCAUCCUGCAUCGCAUCGAUGUCCCUCACCCUUCUUCAUGAGAUGCCUGCUGCCAUAGGACAGGCUCCCCUUGGGUCUGUGGCCCUUUUAGGUGAGCUGCUUAGCGUCACUACGAACAGCUCGAAUCUCAUCAUUGGUGAACACUACUUCGAUGCUGCUGGAGAUCCUUACUUCAGCUUGAAGCUAAGUGGUUCCGAUACUUGGAUGAGUACCAAAAAGGAUGCUUCCACGAUGGCGCCGAAGAGAGUGAGCCGCAUAACUGGCGAUAACGGGGAUCAAGAUGUGGCCUGGCUGAAGCUUAGCUCCAAGGAAGGUCAUGGUGUCAAGGAAGUCUAUCGAGUCAUGACGUUUGAAGGUACCGCUCCGUCAACCUGUGCUGGUCUGAACGACACUGUACUGGUGGAUUAUGCCGCAGAAUAUUGGUUCUAUGGGUGA